AUGGCACCAUUGACGACCUCUCAAGCUCAAGCGAUACCACCACAAGCUUCCAAGACGUUGCGCCACUUCUUGCAUCCCCAUUACCCUCUCCAUGAGGUCUACAUCGCCAAGGAGUUCGUGUGCGAUGGCUGCAACGCCCUCGGCCAGGGAAAGCGUUACCGUUGCUCCGCCUGCACCUUUGACCUCCACGAACGCUGCGCCACGUGCCACCAGACACUCUCCUCCCACCUCCACCCGGCCCACCCGCUCGCCCUCGUCAACCAGUCCCUCGGCAUGGUCUGCGACCUCUGUGGCGAUAUCGUUAAUGGCCUGUACUACACGUGCAGGGCGUGCAGGUUCGACGUCCACCCGCUAUGCACGGAGCUGCCAGCGUCGGUGGCGCACGCCGCGCACCCCCACCACCUCCUCACACUCAGGCCUGCGGAGCCACGGAAUUGCGCGGUCUGUCGGCACGUGUGCGGUUCCUGGCGGCAGUAUGGUUACGUCGUGGGAGUUCCUACUGCUUCUCCUUCUUACUGUUAUCAAUAUCAACCGGUCAUCUAUCAAACUAUCUAUAACGCCAUGCCAAUCAACGGCGGAGCGUCGAUGUCCACGAGCGGAAGCGACAACCGGAAGAGGAUUUACUCGAUCCUGGCCACGAUCGCUGCGAAGGUUGUUAUCGGCUCCAUUACUGGGAGUUUCUCCUACUAA